AUGGCGAUUCUGGGUCAAAAAGACGGAAUGGAUUCUGUUAUACAUGUACACAAACUACUUGAUCAAUUUUCAUGUGGAAAUGACCAUGCUUUGAAGGUAAGGAAACCAUAUACUAUCACAAAGCAGAGAGAGAAGUGGACAGAUGAAGAACAUAAGAAGUUCCUUGAAGCUUUAAAGCUGUAUGGCCGAGCCUGGCGAAAAAUCGAAGAACAUGUUGGCACAAAGACUGCUGUGCAGAUUCGAAGUCAUGCUCAGAAGUUUUUUUCUAAGAUCAAUAGAGACACUAAUGGGAAUGAUACAACAUUGGUGGAGUCGAUUGAAAUUCCACCUCCACGGCCGAAGCGGAAGCCGAUUCAUCCUUACCCUCGUAAACUUGUAGAAAUCCCAAAGAAUGAAGUCUCCAACUUGGAACAGCCACUGAGGUCUAAUUCUCUUGCGUCGUUAGAUUUUGGUCAGGAAAACAACUCGCCCAAGUCGGUAUUAUCCGCAGUUGCUUCAGAAACACUUGGUUUCUCGGAUUCGGAUUCCCCAACCAGAAGUUUGUCUCCUGUCUCGUCCCUUAGUGCCGUCCACACCAGUAGCUUUCCACUUCUUGAGACCAAAUCUUCAUCAUCUGAGGAAGAUAUGUCUCUACAAAUAGAUGAACUGAAUGCUGAUUCAGCACAUGAUGAACAACCUAUAAUGAAACCGGAGCUUUUCCCGAAAGAAUGUGUUGCUACCAAUGACGAAACAACAGAAGAAUCACCUUGUCGAACUCUCAAACUUUUUGGAGCAACCCUACUAGUAAAAGACACCUGUCAUCCUUCUUCUACAUCAACGAACGCAUCCAAACCAAUACCUACUGUGCAUUGUACGCAGCAAUUUAAGUGUGGAAGUUCAGAUAUUGGUGUUGCAACUGUUGUUCCUUGGUGGACUCUUUCCCACAGUUCAGCCUUUAACAAUGAACCGGAGGAGAAACUUCAACAUUCAAAUCACGGAGAAUGUGAAGAUAAAGAAAUUCAAAAGGAAGGAUCUUCUUGUGCUGGUUCUAAUAAUACUAGUUCCAUCAAUGAUGGAGAAAGCAAUGAAAGAUCGAAAGAUCAAGCCAAAAGUGAUCAUAUGCAGUACCUUGUUGGCCAAAGUGAAUCAGUGAGACUUAGAACAUUUGGGAAAGGCUUUGUGCCAUAUAAAAGGUGCAUGGCAGAAAGAGAAAGCCAUUGUUCAACAGUAAGUGAUGAGAGGAGGGAACAUCAACGUAUGAGGCUUUCUUUAUAG